AUGACGGGGAUCAGCAACCACACAGUGGUGACGCAGUUUAUUCUGUUGGGGUUCUCAGGUUCCGGGUCCCUCCGGCGGCCUCUGUUCUUGGGGGUGCUUGGCGUCUAUUUGGUCACUUUGCUAGGCAACUCGCUCAUCAUCCUGCUCACCCUGGUGGACCCGGCCCUGCGCUCGCCCAUGUACUUCUUCCUGCGUCACCUGUCGCUGGUGGAGGUCCUCUACACCACCACCAUCGUGCCCAGGAUGCUGGCGGACCUCCGCUCCACCUGCCCCACCAUCCCGCGCGCCGCCUGCUUCGUCCAGCUCUACUUCUUCGCGCUACUGGGCAUUACAGAGUGCUGCCUGCUCGCGGCCAUGGCUUUCGACCGCUACGCAGCCAUCUGCCGGCCGCUGAGCUACACCACCCUCAUGAACCAGGGCGUCUGCGCCAGCCUGGUGGGCGCCUCCUACUUCAUGGGUGUAGUGGCCGGUACCACGCACUCUGUCUUCAUCUUCACAUUGCCCUUCCACGGUGCAAAUACUAUCCACCACUUCCUGUGUGACAUCCUGCCCGUGCUGCGACUGGCCAGUGCCAGCACCUUCUGGGGUGAGGUGGGGAACCUAGCCGUCACCAUCGCUUUCAUCUUGACCCCUUUCUCACUGAUCGUGGCUUCCUAUGCCUGUAUCCUUUUCUCCAUCCUUAGGGUCUCCACAGCCCAGGGCCGGCGCAAAGUCUUCUCCACCUGUUCCUCCCACUUAUUUGUGGUUGUGCUCUUUUUUGGAACUGGGACUAUCGCCUACUUGAGGCCUCAGGCAGGCCCCUCCCAGGACUCGGACCAGAUUCUGGCUGUCUUCUACACGGUGGUCACUCCCGUGUUCAACCCCUUUGUCUACACCCUGAGGAACAAGGAGGUCACGAGGGCCAUGAAGCGGCUUGGGCAGCGAUACCUUUGCAGUUCUUGA